GGCGAGCGAGUUGCUGGCUUGUUGGAGAGCAUGUCGAUUCCAUGUGUCAGGGGGAGCCCGUGUGGGCAGGCCGAGCCGGGGCGCCCGGUGUGAGCGCACGUCAGGCGGGAGGGUCUCGGGCAAGUCUGGACUCCCAGACCACGCGCCGGAAAACAAGACCUCGGAACCCCGGCGUCUCCCGAAGGUCUCGAGAGCGUCGUCACGCCCACUUCCUUCUGAGCACGCUCAGUUCGCUCCGCCUGGGUCCCUUCAGCGCUGCGUGGAAACAGGCGUGCGUCAGUGGCCGGCGGUGGGGAAAUUUUUCCGUUCCAGCUCGCGGAUAUCCAUUAAAAGAAGGAAGUUAACAUGGAUACUUGAUGGGACUGAAGGGAUUGUGCCAGGCCGCUUUGCAGAGAGGAAUAGAUUUUUUAAAAAUAUUUAACUUUUCCCAUUUCUCUUUCUCAUCGCUGGUAAAUCUGAGGGAUUUAGCUUUUCUUUACGAUGAACAGGGCUUAUUUGUUGGACUGAGGAGAAUAGAGUGACUUGGGAAGAACCAUAUUUGGAGGGAUUAACUCCAUUACUCUGCAGUUGAAAGGCAGAAGGAAUUUGCCAUUCCUCAUGUAGGCAUGAGCAAGUCAGUAUUUAAGAUUGACCAUGUCUGUGCAAUGGUAGGCACCCAAGCGAAUCAAGCAGAGAAGUAGCUGCAAAUGUGCGCUGCCAGCCGAUAUCAUCCACGAACGGCAGAGUGAAAUCAGCCCUGCCUGCCGGAUAUUAAACACUAUAGGUUUUGUGUGUCACCCUGAGCCUUGUCGGGACUUGUACUCCAUGGACUCCUCCUCGUUUUUGGAAGCAGCUGCUCCCAACACCUCACAGCCCAUGUGAGGGCGGACGUUUCCUUUAGUCCUCAAGCACAUCACUGGGUGCCCAGCCUCCUUUAUAGGAGGUCCCUUUCAAUGGACCUGAAAGUACCGCCACAAAAAAAAAGAAAAACUCUGAAGGGCAAAUGAACCAGAGAAUUUGCACAGAGUCUCAUUUCCUCCCUCUGCUUAGGAUCCUGCCUUUCGGGUUGUCGUUUUUACGGCAGUUUGCCUUAAUGCUGAUUUUGCGAGGAGAUAUUCGCCUGUGAAGAAGGUGUCCUCUCCCGCGGCGCCCCGGGCCGGGCUGGAGGCUGUCGACGGGCACCGCGCUCCAGCUCUCUUUGUCUUCCUCGACACCGCGCGCUUUGGGGACAGGCUGUAGAGGACCAUUGGAAAGCAUGCCUUCCGGUUCAUUCUUUUGCAGCCAUCCAAAGCCCUCUACACGCUUCUUCUGCUGGUGACGACUGGCAGUCGUGCCGAUAAGCUGCAGCUAUGAUGAAUAAAGACUCUCGCUUCCCCAGGAAGGGUAUGCUGUUAAACCAUGGUUCUGCUCGGAGGCACUCUUGCAUAGGUUUUGAUGUUGAGAAUGGCCUGUCCGUGGGCCGCAGCCCCCUGGACCCCCAGGCCAGCCCGGGGUCGGGCCUCGUGCUGCAGGCCAACUUCCCGCACAGCCAGCGCCGGGAGUCCUUCCUGUAUCGGUCCGACUCGGACUUCGACCUCUCGCCCAAGGCAAUGUCCAGGAACUCCUCAACCGCCAGCGAGCUGGAAGAGGGCUUGAAGCACUGGGAAGUCAGCUGGCUGGCUCGACAUGGAGAAGACAUGAUUGUGACGCCAUUUGCACAGGUUCUUGCCAGUCUGCGGACGGUGAGGAGCAACUUUGCGGUUUUGACUCAUCUACAAGAUCGAGUGGCCGGAAAGAGGACUCCCGGGAGCAAUCCUCAGUCCAUGUGCAAGCCAAGCCUGCCAGAGGAGACCUAUCAGAAGCUGGCCAUCGAGACGCUGGAGGAGCUGGACUGGUGUCUGGACCAGCUGGAGACCCUGCAGACGCGCCACUCGGUCAGCGAGAUGGCCUCCAACAAGUUUAAAAGGAUGCUGAAUCGGGAGCUCACCCAGCUGUCAGAAACCAGUCGGUCAGGAAACCAGGUGUCAGAGUAUAUCGCCAACACGUUUUUAGAGAAACAGCAAGAUGUGGAGAUCAUGUCCCAGCCCCCCAAGGAGAAGGACAAGAAGAAGCGGCCCAUGUCCCAGAUCAGCGGGGUGAAGAAGCUGGCCCACAGCCCCAGCCUGGCCCCCACCAGCAUCCCACGCUUCGGGGUCACCACCGACCAGGAGGGUCCUCUGGCCAAGGAGUUUGAAGAAAUCAAUCGAUGGGGCCUAGACGUUUUCAAGAUAUCAGAAUAUUCUGGGAACCGCCCGCUGACGGUAGUGAUGUACUCAGUUUUUCAGGAGAGAGACUUGCUCAAGUCCUUUAAGAUCCCCGCAGACACCUUCAUCACCUUCAUGAUGACUCUGGAGGACCACUACCACGCCGACGUGGCCUACCACAACAACAUCCACGCCGCCGAUGUGGUGCAGUCCACCCACGUCCUUCUGUCCACUCCUGCUCUGGAGGCUGUCUUCACUGACCUGGAAAUCCUGGCGGCUCUGUUCGCCAGUGCCAUACACGAUGUGGACCAUCCAGGGGUCUCAAACCAGUUCCUCAUCAACACCAACUCUGAGCUGGCACUGAUGUACAAUGAUGCCUCAGUGCUGGAGAACCACCACCUGGCUGUGGGCUUCAAGCUGCUGCAGGAGGAGAACUGUGACAUCUUCCAGAACCUGAGCAAGAAGCAGAGGCAGUCCCUGCGCAAGAUGGUCAUCGACAUGGUUUUGGCCACAGACAUGUCCAAACACAUGAACCUGCUGGCAGACCUGAAGACCAUGGUGGAGACCAAGAAGGUGACCAGCCUAGGGGUGCUCCUGCUGGACAACUACUCUGACCGCAUCCAGGUCCUCCAGAACAUGGUGCAUUGUGCUGAUCUAAGCAACCCCACCAAGCCGCUGGAGAUCUAUCGGCAGUGGACCGACCGCAUCAUGGGGGAGUUCUUCACCCAGGGAGACCGUGAGAGGGACAAGGGAAUGGAGAUCAGCCCCAUGUGUGACAAGCAGAAUGCCUCCAUCGAGAAGACCCAGGUUGGAUUCAUUGACUACAUUGUCCACCCACUUUGGGAGACCUGGGCAGAUCUGGUUCACCCAGAUGCCCAAGAGAUCCUGGACACGCUGGAGGACAACCGGGAAUGGUACCAGAGCAUGAUCCCCCACAGCCCCUCCCCCACUCCUGAGGACCAGGACAAGGAGGGCAGCGCGGGGGGCGUGGGAGUGGGAGGGGCCAGUGGAGCGUCAGGAGGAGACAAGUUCCAGUUUGAGCUGACCCUGGAGGAGGAGGGGGAAUCGGACACCGAGAGCCCCCCCGAGGACGAGCAGCUGACGCCCGGCUCGGGGGAGCCCUCCAGGACUCCUGCGGACGGCCAAGCCGGGCCGGCCUCCCCCUGCCUGGGCCACGCCCUGAGCCUGGCCAGCAUUGGGGUUAGGAGCCCCCUCCACAGGACGUUGCCCUCCGAGGCGGACGCGGCCCCGGAGAGCGAGGCCGAGGACAGAGAGCCUGUCCCGGCAGGGAACAGCGUGACACUUCAACAGCACGGCACAUAACACCGGACUCACGGCCCUGUCUCUGCGUCUGUGUGUGUGUGUGUGUGUGUCCCUCCCUCCCUCCCGUGUGUGUGUGUGUGUGUGUGUGUGUCCCUCCCUCCCUCCCGGU